AUGCAGCGUCUCCAGCCACUUCCGCAUACCAGCUCGGCCGCGCGCUCCUUCUCGGCGGGCUCGUACGCCUCAUCCAACGGCUCUUCGUCCUCGGCCGUCUCGGCGCACGAUCUAGGUUCGCACACACCGUCUACCAGCCCAUCCCUCUCCGAUCGCGGCGCCUCUAGUUCAGAUACUUCCGACUGGAGCAAGCUGCCGAGACAGCACCCACCUCCUUCACCUGACCCCAGCGCUGGUCCCUCCUCGGGUCUCUCCCCUCUAGAACUUCUCGUCAAGCGAGGUAUGCAGGUGCAGCAUGAGAUCUUGACACCUGAUGAUCACUCGGCAACAACUUCGAACAGCAAUCGCAUCCUCGAGCGCGCAUCCGCCCUUUCACGAAAAACCUCGGUACGCAAGCCCCCAAUACAGCCAUCGCCCGAUCCAGACGACUUCGACGACGCACAAAGCAUUCGCAGCGUCAAUCUAUUGUCCGAGCCAGAUUCUAGCUUCUCCCGCACGCAGCGCCGUUCCUCUCCUUCAUCAUCCGCGGCAUUCUCGCCCGACCCGAGCUCUUCCUUUUCCGUACAACGAGGCUACAAGGCAUCCUACGAUGAUGCUAACGACUCCUACACACCGACGCAGCCAGAGACAGUUUGGCAGCGAAACUCCUCACAUCUGUCACAUCUGCUUGGUGACGCCUUCCGCAAUUCGAUCAGUUCGGACAUUUCCUUCAAUUCUAUCACGGGCGACGACGCGUCGCUAUCGCGCAGGGCAUCAAUAGAUACUGUUCGCAGCUCAGAGUUCGGCGAAGAUGGCCGUUGGGGCCGUGCCUGGGCGUCACGAGCCGAUGAUGAGGAAAGCGCCUACGAGGAGAGUGCAUACGGAGACGAUCUCGACCCUGACUUGGACAACGAACGCGAUGUCGCUUCUAUCAACGGCAGCAUUGAUCUCAAUCCAAACCAAGGUCCGCUGCUGACAGGAGGGGGGCUCGACUCGGUAGCUCAACGGUGGAAGCGCGAGCAUGCGUUCGACAAUACUUCACGAGGCUCAAGCAACAAUGCUUCCGUUGGCUCCUCGAUGCCCGCCAUUCGUCAGGUUGCCAGCAAGGAACAGGUGGUUAGCCUCACCAGAUCGGUCCCGCCGCCUACAGCUUCUUCGAGGCUGCAACAGCCCUCCCUCUCGCAUAUGCAAGCCGAUGCUCGACACAGCUUUGUCCCACGAAUCGAGACGCAAGAGUACGAUGUCCGACCGGAUCCCACACAGCUGUACGACCGCACACCGAUGGCCUCUGCAGAUCGCUACCUUGGCCAUCGGUCCACCUCAUCGAACGCCACCAUCACUGGCGACAGCCAGCGGGCAGGCAAGGAUAGUCCGCCGACUGCACGCGUCUACGUCUACCCACCGAGUCCAUCUGGCUCGGAAGCUUCGCGAUCGACCGGCGCAGCCGCAGAGCACUCACAGUACCGCUACGGCUCGAUGCCUUCUCCCACUUCGGCACAAGUCGAGACCAUGGCCGCAUCGCCUCAGCGUCCGCGCGCUCCGCUGGCUCCAUCUAGCAUUUUAGCCAAUCCUAGACGCGCUUCCGCAGAUAGCCAAAGACAACAUCGGCUUCGAUCUUCGGGGCAUCCCGCUGGACGAGUUCCGCCUCCCCCACCCCCAGCGUCAGCAUCAAGCAGCGAACAACGCAGUCCACAAGGAUACUCAGACCCAAAUCAGUUCUUCCAGGGUGUCGAUCGACCAAUCAUGGGUAGGAAGCGCGCCGAAGCCAUCGCGCGUGCUGACGGCAGGGAAAGUAUGGUUUCCGAUCUCGACGUUGAGACGCUCCGACUCGACGGCAGCAGUCGACGUGACAGCAGCAGCACCAUUGCGAGUAUCAUGACCUCGCGCAUGUCGAUCGGCAGCGUCAGUCACGACCCUGCCAUGCUCCAGUCUGCUGCAGGAUGGCGGGCUCCUUCUUCUGCUUUUCAGCAGAGCAACGCGCCAAAGUCUUUAGCUCAGAACAACGUUUCGCAGGACCUGUCUCGAUCGUUGCAGCCCGUGCAAGAUUCUGUGUUCGACUAUGCGAGUCAGACGGCCAGACCCGCGCUGCGUAAUGUCAAGUCGACCAACGCGAUCCCACCCAACGGCCUGCCAGGAUCCGUCGACAUGCAACCCACGGCCUCAGCACCAUCUUUCAGCUUAAGCACCGCUGGACUGAAUACUCCCAACCUCGCAGCUCCUGCCAAACCACGAUCCUCACCCGCCGUCGACACCCGCACCGGUCCCACCUCGGCCGAAGACUUCCUCUCUCAAGGCAUCACCUAUCACGAACAAGGCGACCUCGCACGUUCCGCGUUCUACUUUGAACGAUCCGCCAAAGUCGACGGCGGCUGCGUCGUGGGCAUGUGCAUGUUCGGUAUGGCCCUCCGCGAAGGUUGGGGAGCACGAAAGGACCCGGUGAAAGGUUUCACCUGGAUCCAACGUGCCGCGGCUCGCGCAGGCGAGAUGAUGUCCACCCGCACACCUAAGACCGACUCCGAACUCAAGGCCAUCAAGAGCGAACUCAAACUCAGCGUGUACGAGCUCGGCAAGUGCUUCUGCUACGGCUGGGGCGUCAAGAUGGACAAGCACAUGGCACUGGAGUACUUUGAGUUGGCGGCAAAGCUGGGCGACGCGGAUGCGCAGGCAGAAGCGGGUGCUCUGUAUGCUGCGGGCAAAGGAUGCAAGAAGGAUCUGAAGAAGGCAGCGAUGUACUACAGGAUGGCCGAGGAAGAUCUGACCGGGACCUUCUCUCGGUGCCGGUUGAGUCGGAUCUCUGAAAAGAUGGUUGCAUCUGCAGCAAACGUAGAACAAGAUCAUCCUGUUCAUGAUUCUCUUGCUCUGAUCCUGGAAGAGGACCGCUUCUCCGUGACCGCAAUUGGGACAGUUCAAGUCGUGCGUUCUCCUGAGUGUGGGAUCCUUCAUGAGGGUUGUCACUCGCUGUUAGCGCCGAGCAAAUACCCGAAAAAUCGAGACACAAAUAGCCGUUCACAGGCACAACCGAGUCAUGAGACACUCUCACAAUUGCAGCGCUGGAAAUUAGCCAACUGUGCAGCACAGCGCAGCACACAGCGACGCAGCGAGCAAGCGAGCGAGCAAGAACGAGACGACGACCUCCUGGUCCGUGUCAUGUCCGCCUUUCCACCUUCCAAUCUCCACCAUCUCUCGAUCCUAUUGCUCGUUACAAUGCUGAAUCUGGCGAGAACAGCUCUUCGCGCACGCGCAGCAUCCGCCCCAGCAAGCUCUCUGCUUCGCCGCCAUGCCGCUGCCUCGUCUCUCCGAUUCCAGUCCACCACCGUCUCCCACGAUCCCAUGACGGGGGAGGCAACAGGUCUCAAGCACCUCGACUCGUCCGCUGUCGUUGUCACCAAAUCUAACGCUCCUCGUGUACCACCACCUUCCCAGUCGCUCGUCUUUGGCGCCAACUUUUCCGAUCACAUGCUGUCCAUUCCUUGGAACAGCGCCACCGGUUGGGAUGCUCCCAAGAUUCACCCUUACUCUCCGCUCCAGCUCGACCCUAGCGCCGUCAUCUUCCACUACGCUCCUUCGCUGUUCGAAGGCAUGAAGGCGUACAAGGAUGUCAAUGGAAAAGUGCGGCUGUUCAGACCGGAUAUGAACAUGAAGCGCAUGAACACUUCGGCCGCACGUAUCGCACUGCCUACUUUCGAAGGCGAACAACUCAUCUCGUUGAUCAAGAAGCUCGUUGCUAUGGAUAAGGGCUGGAUCCCUUCCGAACCGGGUCAUUCGCUCUACAUCCGACCUGCGCUCAUCGGCACUGAAGCAGCGUUGGGCGUUCAUCCUACCAAAGACGCCCUGCUGUUCGUCAUCUGCUCGCCCGUAGGACCAUACUACAAGACCGGUUUCAAACCAGUCGCCCUUGAAGCGGAUCCCAACAAGGUCCGAGCGUGGCCAGGCGGAACAGGACAAUACAAGCUCGGCGGUAACUACGCUCCCGGUAUUCUGCCUCAGUUGGAAGCGGCUGAACGAGGAUACCAGCAAAACCUGUGGUUGUUCGGCGAUCAACACCUGUUGACCGAAGUGGGAACUAUGAACCUCUUCGUAGCACUCAAGAAGAAGGACGGUGGAGUCGAGCUCGUCACGCCUCCUCUCAACGGUAUGAUCCUACCUGGUGUCACGAGGGAUUCCAUCUUGCACAUUGCGAAGGAUCACGUCAGCGGCAAGUACGCAUUGGACAGUCUACCCAAGGACUUGGAGGUCAACGAGAGGGAGAUCAGCAUCCACGAAGUCAUCGAGGCCGAGAAGUCGGGCGCACUGAUCGAAAUGUUCGGCGCAGGUACCGCUGCCGUUGUCAGCCCCGUGGACAGAGUGGGUUACAAGGGUAAGGAUAUCCACAUCCCGGCGGGAGAUGGCAUCGGACCCAUCGCAAAGGCUAUGUUGGAGAGGAUCACCAAUAUUCAGCUGGGCAAGGUGGAGCACGAGUGGAGCGUGGUUGUUGAUGAUCUUUAG